AUGCAUCCAAAAUGUGCUUUCCUUACGAAAAUUGAUCCUUCCCGUUUUCAAUUCAUCCAUGAGAUUGCCUCCUCUGAUUCAUCUUCAAUAUUCGAGGUAGAUCUGGAUGGACAAAAAUACGCAUUGAAACUUUUCCACAACAACGGCGACCCUGGGUAUGCCGAAAACGGUCGUGACUUAGAUCGAUUUCGCUGUGAAUCACAAGCAUAUGAAAAACUUCUCGAUUCCGAUGCCUGUACGCGCGGCUUUAUUCCGAAACUAUAUGGCCAGCUUGAUCAGAUCGACCCCGCAGACUUUCACCCUAUUCUACGACAUUUCGCGCAGGAUAAGUACAAACCGAGAGCGCUUUUGCUAGAGUACCUUCCAAAUGCAGAGGCGUUGAACUGCGUGAAUUACCCAGAAGCGCUUUAUCACCAGGCAGUUGAGGGCAUGAAGGAGAUACAUAAGGCGGGUGUUCACCAUCGGGAUAUCUAUCCCAGAAAUAUUCUCGUUGUUCGUGAGGAUUCCGAGAAGCCCAGGCUAGUCUGGAUUGACUUUGAUGUGGCGACGACCUUCGCCGACUUUGGGCCUGAGCAGCUGGCCCGCUGUGAUCAUGAGAUUGCGCUGGUGGAGGGAUUCGGGGAAGCACUGGUAUGGGAUCUGUUGCUGCCAUAUAUUGGAAGUCCACGGGUAUUCAAUUUGCUGACUGAUGAAUACAGAGAGAUGACCAGGCUGAAGGACUUCCGCCAAAUACCAAAUUUUAUUAAGGGGUCCAAGGCCUUGUACCUAGGUAGCUAUACGUACCUAGGUACCAUUUUUCCUCUGCCGGGGCUUUCCUAUCUAAGCUGCCGCCUUUACAAGGGCGCUCAGAGUCAGUCUGUUUUGAGAUCCUGA